CCCGCCCCCUUUUCCCGAGGCCGCUGGGUGCGCCGCCAGCCCGCUCACGUCACCAGCCCCGCGCCAGAAGUGAGGCGCCAGCGCCGGAAGCGGCCGGCGGAGGCGGCCUCGUGGACAGACGGCAGCAUGGGGCAGUCGGGGAGGUCCCGGCACCAGAAGCGCGCGCGCGCCCAGGCGCAGCUCCGCAACCUCGAGGCCUACGCCGCGCAGCCGCACUCGUUCGUGUUCGCGCGAGGCCGCGCGGGCCGCAGCGUCCGGCAGCUGAGCCUGGACGUGCGGCGGGUCAUGGAGCCGCUCACCGCCAGCCGCCUGCAGGUUCGGAAGAAGAACUCGCUGAAGGACUGCGUGGCCGUGGCCGGGCCCCUGGGGGUCACCCACUUCCUGAUCCUGAGCAAGACGGACAGCGCCGUCUACUUU